GCAACGGUCACUCCGGAUCCCCUCGAUGUUUCUCAAGGCAGGUACGCCUGUCUUGUGAAGUAUAUAUUCUUGGCUCCAAAAAUAUGGAUCCACCGAAAUUUAUGCGAUGUAUGGCGAGGAAUCGUAUCCAGGUGAUCUAUGAAUGAGAGUCACCAUGAAGAAUGGUCCGUGCCGUACUAUAAAGGAACGAACCCAUCCUGGAGUGUGACUGGUAAUGAUACCGGUAGUGAUUCUCUUCCUUCUUGCGUUCGUGUUCAGUACUGAGGCGAGAAUCACCAACGUUGUCCUCUUUGGCGAUUCUUUCACGGACCAGUCGCGAUCCCAUAGUAUAUCCAAUGGAAGCUUUCCCGGCAGGAACUACCAACAAGUUUACCCACCGGCUGACCAUGCCGCCGAUGGCGGUUUUCAGUGGCCAUUCUACUUGGGUUUGUACGGAAAUUACACUAUUUCAAAUUAUGCUGUUGGUGGAUCGGUCUGUUCAAAUGACUUGACGCCCCUUUUUGGAACCCCAGAUGUUCUUACAGGCCAACAAGACUGGUUCAUCCAAGACCACAUCUCUGGUAAUGGAACCCACCAGCAAAAGCUUCUUUCGGACCCAAACUCCUUUGUGAUCAUCGUCUGGAUAGGAACGAACGAUGUUGGAAUUCAUUCACUCGUCACAUCCGACCAACCCGCGAAGGUUUCUCUGGUAGACGUUGCUGACUGUCAGCUGAACGCUCUUCGUAAAAUGCAUAAACUUGGAGCGCGUCGAUUCAUCCUUAACUCGUUAAUUCCUCUCCACCUCACCAAACUAUACGCGGAAUCUGACGACGGGACCAUCUAUUGGCCUGACCCCCACAAUGGGACUGUUUGGCAUAAGGGGAUAUAUAACCUCGUUCAUUCUCUGAAUAGGAUACUGAAUGAUGGAGUGCAGAAUUUGAAUAGGGAGUGGAAGGGUGAUGGAAAUGUGGGGUGGUUUGACACGUAUCGGUUCUUCGAGGAUAUCUAUCACAAUCCAGAGAGGUAUUUCAAUGGCAGUAUCCCAGCAAACGUGACAGGACAUUGUCAUCAAUGCCCUGAUCCUCACGAUUGGAGGCAGUGCGAUAUUGGAGAUUGUACUCCAGAUCAACGCGACUCGUUCAUGUGGUGGGACGAACUUCAUCCGAGUGAACAGACUGGGAGACAUUUGGCAGAAGAAAUGAACAGAAAGAUUCGAGGAGUAUCUGCUUAUUGAAGGCAUGCUUUCUAUUCAACAAACCCUCCUGUACUAAGCGCCCGAAAAACACCCGAAAAAACAAAAUCAACACGC